UCUAAAUCCAAUACCCUCACAUUGGUUUUUUCCAUAUCCAUCUCUCUCUCCCUCUUUCUCCAAAAACCCUAGCAUCUGUGAUCUUUUAACGGGAAAAUGAAUCUCGAACUCUCGAAUCCACCUUCCGACGGAAUUUCCAAUCUCCGAUUUUCCAAUGCUAGUGAUCAUCUCCUCGUUUCUUCAUGGGAUAAGCUUGUGAGGUUGUAUGAUGUGAGCACCAAUUCGUUGAAAGGGGAGUUCUUACAUGGCGGGCCAGUACUGGAUUGCUGUUUUCACGAUGAUUCCUCUGGCUUCAGUGUUGGCGCCGACAACAAAGUCAGACGGAUCGUUUUCAAUGUCGGCAAAGAGGAUAUCUUGGGGAUGCAUGAAUCUCCAGUGCGAUGUGUUGAGUAUUCUUAUGCUACAGGGCAAGUGAUCACUGGAUCUUGGGAUAAAACGGUUAAAUGCUGGGAUCCAAGAGGCGCGAGUGGGCCGGAUCGAACUCAGGUGGGAACGUACUUGCAACCAGAGCGUGUUUACUCUCUGUCACUUGUUGGGAACCGUUUGGUUGUGGCAACAGCAGGAAGACAUGUGAACAUCUAUGAUCUCAGAAACAUGUCUCAGCCUGAGCAAAGAAGGGAGUCUUCACUUAAAUACCAGACGAGAUGUGUUCGUAGUUAUCCUAAUGGAACAGGGUAUGCUCUUAGCUCUGUUGAAGGAAGGGUUGCAAUGGAGUUUUUCGAUCUUUAUGGCACCUUUGCAACCGGAGGUUGUGAUGGUUUUGUUAAUAUUUGGGAUGGUAACAACAAGAAGAGGCUAUAUCAGUAUUCAAAGUAUCCAACAAGUAUCUCAGCACUUUCAUUCAGUCGAGAUGGUCAGCUACUAGCUGUUGCUUCGAGUUACACAUAUGAAGAGGGGGAGAAAUCGCACGAACCUGAUGCCAUCUUUGUGAGAAGCGUUAAUGAAAUCGAAGUGAAACCUAAACCCAAAGCAUAUCCAAAUCAUGCAGCGUAGAGUUGAAGAAACAGAAGCAUCCUCAACACAAGUUGGUUUGUCUAUGCUAAGAGUGUCCCAAAGAUUAAAUCGAUUUAACGUAUGUUUGAGCUUCUAAUUUUUUUUUUUGUUGUUUGUAUAAAGUUAGGUAAGGACAAUGCUUUGUAGUUCAGUUAACUUUGCGCGGAUACAGUAUAACCUUUAUAAAUUAAUACUCUAUAAAUUAAUAAUUAUUAUAAAUUAGUAAUUUUUGUUGGUCCAA